UGUCAGAAAUAGUCCACAACUAUUAUAUAUAUACUCUCCAGAAAAUUAUCAUUCCUCCCUGAAACUGGCUCGGGAUUUUAAAAAUACCCACAUAAUUGUGAGCUGUUCCGACGAGAAAGAAAGAGGCAAUUUCUGGAAAGUACAUCCUUCUGGAAUCACAAUGGAACGAAGUGUAUUAGCUCAUUGUUGAGGUUCCGUCGCGGCUCCGUAAACUCAUCAGACAGUUCAACGGGCCGAAUGAUCAUCAUCAUGGGGCCCCGGUAGUUUCUCCCAAAAUGGCUCGUGCCAUUUUCUUCGUUGUCUCGACUGUAUCGAAUUUGACGCGGUCAUGCAAAGGGAGAUUCGCUCGCGAAUUCCGAGCGGUAUUUUAGAUCCCGUGAUUUAGAUCCGAGACAUCUGAGUCUCUCCACUCAUUUAUGGCCCCAUACGGGUAAGAGUUAAGUGUCCCAAUCCACGACUGUUCCAACAUUCCAACUCUCGGGAUAAAAAAGAGUGCCAAUUGUGACGAUCCGGCGAGUUCUGUGUCGAUACUUCCGCGAAGAGGAUGACGGUACUUCCGGUAUUAUUGGGCACCCUCGUGGGUUCGCUCGUGGCCAGCCAGGAUAACUCGAAAACCGCGAUGUUACCGUUUAACGGAAACGGUACGUCUUUGGAGAUGGGAAGUAAAAUGGAGCCGCCGGCCCUUCAACCGGAUAUGACGCGGGCAGUCCCUACGACCCUCGUCCUGCCCUCGCAGCAGCCGCAGCCGCAGCCGAUGCUGCCCUCGGAUUACUUUUUCCCCAUGCCCCAACGAUUUCUGCAUCAUAGAAGCGAAAACAUGCCAUAUGGAUAUGAGUAUCCUAACAUUGGAUAUCCAAUGGCGCACUCGAUAGAGCAAUCCGUUGUUCCUUCGUCGAAACAGCUUAUAAUAGUCAGUUUCAUUGGUCUUCUGUUGCUUUUGGCGAUCAUACAAAAUACGCUUAGUUCCACCAAGCGUAAAGAUGCGAUAAUGGACCUGUUAUCAUCUAGGCAAAAACGGGAUGUCUAUGCUACGCGUGAUUUUCGUUCAGUGACCCCGGAAGAGGAGGAGAUUCUUAAUAACGAUGCUAGAGUACGAUGCAUACAAAGGACCAUCUGUCUUGAGAACCGUAAACUCUUUAGGGAUUUGGGCGCGCCUGGCAAAAUUUUGGCGAAGCACUUGACGAGAGAUAUAGAAAAAUCAUUCAAGUCACCUACAGGUUGGGAUCGUCUUGUGAGAGAUGCAGGUGCAGCAGGAAUUCGGGGAGAUGAUUGUGAUGUACUUUAUAGAGAUUGCGAUGUUCCAGUAAUAAGAAAAAUGCAUAAGGUAUCAGACAACGUCUCGACAGAUACUAAAGAUCGCGAUAAAUUCAAUUCAUCUCGUUAAUUGUUAUAAAGGGCUAUAAAAUGACAUUUAUUUAUAAUUAUUUCCGCUUUUCGUAAUAAAUUUCGCAAUGUUUGUAAAUUAA